AUGAAAGACUUGGGCCCGCUACGUUAUUUCCUUGGUAUUGAAGUUGCUUCCUCUCCUCAGGGGUAUCUUUUGGGGCAGUCCAAGUAUAUUAUUGAUAUUCUUCACCGUGCUUGUCUCAUGGAUACGAAGACUAUUGAUACUCCCCUUGAACUUCAUGCCAAGUUCUCUGCCUCUGAUGCUGUCCCCCUUGGGGAUCCUACAGAAUAUCGCGAAUUGGUGGGCUGCUUGGUUUAUCUUACUGUUACUCAGCUAGAUAUUUCUUAUGCAGUUCACAUUGUUAGUCAGUUUGUCUCUGCUCCUCGAACAACGCAUUGGGCUGCCCUUUUACGUAUUCUCCGUUAUCUUCGUGGUACCCUUCAUCAGUGCCUUUUGAUUUCUUCUACAUCAAGCUUAACCCUUCAUGCUUAUGCUGAUGUUGACUGGGCAGGUGAUGUCAAUGACCGCAAAUCUACCUCUGGCCUUUGUGUUUUUCUAGGCGAUUCUCUUAUCUCCUGGAAAAGCAAAAAGCAAUCUGUUGUUGCUCGCUCCAAUGCGGAAGCUGAAUAUCGUGCCAUGGCCCAUGCUACCUCUGAAAUCGUCAGGCUUCGCUAG